AUGGCGCAAGCUUCUCAAGUUGAGGCCUCAGCCUAUUGCUUCUUGAGAGCGGAGAUUGAAAGUGGCUCCUGCGUUUUUUUCUGGUCCGAUGACUGGUUAGGGCUGGGUAAAUUAAGGGAGUUAAUAUGGACUGAAGGUACACACUACAUGGGCUUGUCUAUGGAUGCUAAUGUCUGUGAUGCAGUUGUCAAUGGUAAUUGGAAAUUUGGUCAUCGUAGGCGUCGCCUCCACAGUGAUCUCUAUGACCGCAUUAUGACUAUCAAACCUCCAACCCUUGCAGAUGGAGAUGAUAUCUUUCUCUGGAAGCACGACAUGAUAAGUCCCUAUCAAGUUUUUCAGCAGCAAGCACUUGGAAUCAGGUUCGCAAGCCUAAAAAUAAGGUUGAAUGGGACAAAAUCAAUUGGUUUCCUCAGGGAGUUCCUUGAUUUGCUUAUAUCUCUUGGUUGGCAAUAUUGGACAGACUUUCAACAAGAGUAA